AUGGCAUCUUUUGAACUGCCAACGCCACAGCCUUUCAAAGUUAUUGGACAAAUUACAAACUUAUCCAGUUCAUGGGACAAUUAUAUCAAACGUUUUGAAUAUUACAUACAGGCAGCCGGAAUAACAAAAGACGAAAGAAAAAAAGCUCUCCUAUUACAUCUGGGAGGAGAGGAAUUACAAGACAUAUAUGAGACAUCAAUCCGUCAAGAAAAUUCUUAUUGCCAAACAGUCAGGGAUUUAACUCAUUACUUUAAUCCAAGGAAAAACAUAGCAUAUGAAAGACAUAGAUUUAGACAGGAAAAACAACACUCAGAUGAAACUGUAGACGAUUACAUUGUAAGACUAAAAAAACUCUCAGUAUCUUGUGAUUUUCCAGAAAAUACGGCAGACGACAUGAUUCGCGAUCAAAUUAUAGAACAUUGUACCUCAAAAGAAUUAAAAAUCAGAUUUCUCCGCGAACAAGACCUAACAUUAGAAAAAAUUCAACAUAUUUCCCGCACAACAGAACUUGCAAACUUGCAUGCCAAUGAAAUACAACAGUCUACAAGAAAUCAACACAAAUUAGAAUAUACCUAUCAAGAUGACGUCAAUCAUGUUAAACACAAACCAACUAGACAGCGGAAGCAGUACCAGCCAAGAGCCAGACCAGCACCAAAACCGACACAAUUCAAGAGCUGCUACCAUUGCGGAGGAAAAGGUCAUUCUGGUCACGAAUGUCUUAAAUCUCGUAAUAUUACGUGUCGUAAAUGCAACAAGCUUGGACAUUAUGCAAACAUGUGCAAAUCUCAAAAAAGCCACGUGCAUUUCGUAAAUGAUCAUCAAGAAAAUGUAAGUGUACAACAAGACGAAUGUGUGUUCAACAUAAAUUCAAAAUGUCAGUCACCAUAUGUGCAAGUUGAAAUAGAAGGAAUUAAAUGUAAAUUGCUCAUAGAUUCUGGAGCUAGUGUUAACUACCUAGAUCGCGCAACCUUUGAAAAACAAACUGCAGUUGAUCUAGGAUUACUUAAAUUCUGCAUAAACAAUGUGAAAACAAAUCAAAAUAACAUGGAUAAUAUUUUAUCGGAGUUCAGUGACAGAUUUCAAGGAUUGGGAAAACUCAAAGAUUUCCAGCUACAGCUACAUAUCAACAAAGAUGUUAAGCCCAUUGCACAGCCAAAUCGCAGAAUACCUUUCAAAAUGCGACAGCAAGUCAGAGAAAAAAUUAAGCAACUUCUAGAUUCUGACGUCAUAGAAAAAGUUGAAGGUGCUACACCAUGGGUGUCACCCCUGGUAAUUAUUCCGAAAAGCAAUGGAGACAUAAGAAUUUGUGUAGACAUGAGACAAGCAAAUACAGCAGUUGAACGUGAACGGUUUUCAAUGCCGAACAUUGACGAAACACUAGAGGAACUUAGUGGAGCCAAAUUCUUCACUAAACUAGAUCUAAACAUGGGGUAUCACCAGAUAGAGCUCGAACCACAAUCAAGAAAAAUAACAACAUUUGUCACAAACGAUGGAAUAUAUCGCUAUCGCCGACUUAUGUUUGGAAUUUCCUGUGCUUCAGAAGUCUACCAACGUAUAAUACAACAUACUCUUCAAGACAUACCGAACUGCAAAAAUAUUUCGGAUGAUAUAUUGGUAUAUGGCACAACAAAAGAACAACAUGACGCCACGUUGCGUAAAGUUCUACAACGCCUUAGAGACAAAAAUCUAACUUUGAACAAAAGUAAAUGUGAAUUCUGCAAGACAACCAUCACAUUUAUGGGUCACACCCUCACAGCUGAUGGACUCAUGCCACAUGAUGACAAAAUAAAGGCAGUGCUAAAUACAACACCACCAAAAAAUGUGAAAGAAGUUAAAUCUUUCUUAGGACUGCUAAACUACUGCUCGAAAUUUCUUCCCAAUUUCGCAACAAUUUCGGAACCUAUCAGAAAACUAACAAGAAAAAAUGUUCCAUUUGACUGGGAAAAAGAACAACAAUCUGCGUUUGAACAAUUAAAAUCACUGAUAACAAGUGCAAGUGUCAUGGCUUUCUACAACCCAGAAGCUGAGACAACUCUAAUGGUCGAUGGCUCGCCAUAUGGUUUGGGUGCAAUUUUGGUUCAAAAACAAAAUGAUGGACAUUUAAGACCUGUAGCAUAUGCAAGCAGAACACUAAAUGAUGUUGAAAGGCGUUACAGUCAAAUUGAAAGAGAAUGCUUAGCAGUAACUUGGGGGAUAGAAAAGUUUCACACUUAUCUGUAUGGAUUAACCUUUAAAGUAAUUACAGACCAUAAACCGCUAGUCAACAUUUUCAAGCCAACACACAAACCUCCAGCUAGACUAGAAAGAAUGCUACUUAGACUACAAAGUUACAAAUUCAACAUCGAAUUUCAAUCAGGAGCAUUAAACCCAGCUGACAUCCUCUCAAGGUCAACGUAUAGUCAAGAAAAAUGUGAGAUAUCAAAUAUCACAGAAGGUUACAUGGAUUAUGUGUGCGAAAAUGCCGUGCCAAUGGCUAUGACCUUAGAUCAAAUUGAUAAAGAGUCAUCUCAGGACAAAUUCAUUCAAGAACUAAUCAAGUGCAUUCAGCAUGAUAAAUGGCCGAAAAAUCAAGAUUUCAAGAUUUUCUACAAGUUACGCAAUGAACUGUCGGUACAUAAUAACAUUGUGUUACGGGGAAACAGAAUUGUAAUUCCACAGGGACUUAGGCCAAAGGUAUUACAAAUCGCACAUGAAACACAUCAAGGCAUAGUGAAAACAAAGCAAAUGCUAAGAGAAAAAGUUUAUUGGCCUGGCAUUGACAACGAAAUUGAAAUGCUGAUUAAAACGUGCUUCCAGUGCCAGCUAGUCUCAAACCCGCCACGACAACUUCCUAUCACACCAACCGAAUUACCAGAAACACCCUGGCAAACCGUUGGGAUGGAUUUAACAGGACCGUUCCCAGGGGGAGAAUAUAUUCUUGUAGUAAUAGAUUACUACUCUCGUUAUCCAGAAGUUGAAAUCAUGAAAUCAAUCACUUCAAGAUGUAUCAUUCAAAGACUUAUGAAAAUAUUCGCCACACAUGGACUUCCGUCAGUGAUUAAAACGGACAAUGCACCAAACAUGGUAUCUCAAGAAAUCACAAACUUCUUCACUGCAAACGGAAUAAAACACCAACGUGUUACGCCUUAUUAUCCACAAGCAGCAGGAUUGGUAGAAAAUUUCAACAAAACAAUAGCAAAAUGCGUUAAGACUGCUAACAAUGGAAAGAAAAACUGGCGAACAGAAAUCUACAAAUUUUGA